AAUGAGAGAAAUCAUUGACCCGGUAGACAGGAGUUACAAAUGUAAAUUCUCGGUGCUUUUUUUCCUGCAGUCCUUUCAAGUAUGCAUCAUAAUGUUAACCGUUGGCACGCGGUCUGAACCCACGUUGACCACGGAAGUCGGUCACGCUGCAUUGAAACGAAAGUGAAAAUGCUUGUCGAACAAAGCAAAAAUGUUAUAACAAUGCCAACACUUGGACAGCGCUAAUCACUGAAGCAACACAGCAUGACGUGUAAGGAGGACUGCACCUGCAGUCUAUGUCGAGAAUUGCGCGGAUACAAACUGAAAGUGAAACCAACGUCCAAAACGGACCGUUCUUCCGGAGAUUGCUCUGCCGCCAGCAAACAAUCUCAGCAAGGUCCGAAGUACUGCAAAAACAGUAAGCUCAGUCGCAACGAUAAUUUUAUCCUCAAGAGACGAAUGUCUUCGGAUUACAAUAAAGAGAGCCGCCAUGGCGCAGCUGUGGCGCCAUCGGCGGCUGUUUCAACGACGGAGAUCGACUACGAGUUUGCGGAACAAACUUCAAUUACUUCACGGCAGCUGAACCGCAUGAAAAAAGCCCAAAGCUACAACGAAAUAUCAUGUUUUUCGAAAGUUAACCGCAAUCGCUACAGCGAAAUUUCGCUAGAACCAAAAAUGAUCAAAAGUACCAACAACCUGACCGAAGAGAAUGACUACUUUAGCUACUUGUCACCCUCAACGCCACCAUCGGUCUCGGCCUCCACGCAAAAUAUCAAGAAUAAGAUCGAGAAGCAGAAAGAUCACAAAGUGAUCAUCUAUUUUGGUGAUAGUAUUAUUAACAAGAAAAGCGAUAAGACGAAACCAGCACCGCCAACUCCUCCGCCACCCAAGGCACCCGAGCUAAAUGUCUUCCACGCACAGCGCCUUUGCGAAGAGACGGCCGAAAUGGAGUUCCGUCGUCAAAAGGCAGUAAUUCCAAAGCCAAAACGUAAAGAUCUUCCCGGUGACCGAAAUGAUCCCCCGAAGCCCGACCGAGAACUUAUGCAGCAGUUGAAGUCGGUUUUGGAAGAGAAAAAUAAACAUUCGUCCAAAUCUGAAAUGCUACGAGCCUCGGAUCCCAUGGGAUCAGGUUGCUCGGCUACAGUUGUAAUAACACCGAAAAAAACCGCAAACAUCGCUUCGGAUGAGUGCAAGCUGCCGGUAGUCAUAGCCGAGAACACUAAACCCAACCAUACCCAAGUGGUGGAAAUACGCAGAAUCGACAAAACCGUGACAACGGAGGAAAACUUCGAUCGACAACUGCCGCCGUUCGUCGAAAGUGUGGUCAAUGGAAUAAUCAACAUUAAAAUCGAAGAGAGCUUCAAAGUGGCGUCGGAUAUUGUGGAAGCAGUAUUUCAGCCAGACAGCGCAGAGGAUAGUUAUCUUUACGACGAAGACGACAUUGGUGAUCCAUUUGACUGGAGUUUUGUGCAGAAUUGGCGGGCACGACCAUCCGGAACGGUUGCAAACGGACACGUCAACUCACCGUCCAACAACAGCAACUCGACCAGUUCGGGUGUAAAUAGCGUCAGUACCAACCUCCAGAAUGGAUCCAACGGACUCUCACCAGGUAACCACUACAUCGCAUCCUCCAACCCGGUCAAUUCUGGGCCCAGAAUUCAGAGUCCCGCCGUAGCUACUCCGGCUCCACGUAUCUCAAAGGAACUUGCGGUACGGCCUUCUAACAGCAACCAAGAUGCGAUCAACUACAAUCUCUCGCCAGUCCAAAAUUUACAGCAAACGGCAGACCCCAACGGCACCAGUAAUAUUGGAAAUAACAAUUUGACCUACAACCCUGUCGCCGUGAGCGUAGAACGAGACAUGGUUCUGACCAAGUACUCGAAUGGCAAUCUCAAACAACAGCAUCAAAGUCCGCAACAUGGACCACAACAAGCUUCUAACGGGCCGAUGCAAUCCCACCAGAUAGUCAUCCAGCAGGGAGCUCCUCAUCGUUCCGUAACCGGCCCAACCAAACUUACCGUCCAGAGUUCUCCGGUGAAAUCGCAGCCAGCAAUGCUCAGCUCUGGGCUGGACAAAAGCAAUGUGAACAUUAACGGCAAUGGAAACAAUUCCAAGCGGCUGAACACCAAUGGAUUGAGCAACAGCAGUGGUAACCUGCUGAACACGCCAGCUUCUUCUGAAGAACCCCUGAACUCUAGCAGCAAUAGCUCAAGCAACGCCAGUAGUGUUAGCCAUCUAAAGCAACACUUCACCCAGAACCCGAUACAGGCCUAUCAUCAAUCCCAACCGAGUUCGCUCGGCUCCAACCAUAAAGGAUUCGGCAUCACACGAACACACCAUCACACGGGAACGCACGAUUUCCGUGGCUUACAGCGAGUUAACGAGUGUCACAGUUCCUCGGAUGAAAAUCGUUCCUCCGGCCACGCUUCGAUGUCCGACACGGGGCACGGGAGCAGUUCUCCUGGUGGCAACCGAAGCAACGGACCACUAGGUCCACUACCGGAGGAUCGUCUAGCGGCUGGAGUGACCAAUCGAAGUGCGCGCUCCCGAGCCAGUACGAACCACUCGAGGCCACGUCAUCGUGCCACCCCGGCAAAAAUUCCAUGGGGAGGCAGUGGAUUGGAGGACAUCAAACUAGCCAUCCAACAGCUCACGAUGCGUUCGCACACCAGUACCUCGACAUACAGUAGUUUAAGUGCAGGAUCGGAGAGUUCCGAGCCCGAGCGCAGACUCGGCCGCUAUAGUUCGCUUGAAACUGUAAAUACUAACGUAACUAGCGCUGAUGAGUUUGUUUGGGUGGACUCUCACAAUCGUCUGGUGGAAUUGCAGCAUCCCCCAUGGAGUCAACACUGUGUGCUCCGUGUACUGCGAUCCGGGCGCUGCAGAGAGCAUUCGGAAAGAGUGUCAGUCGAAGCCGUUCCGAGGCUGGGAUAUCUGCUUCAACGCGCGUUGGUUCGAGUAGCGCGAGAAGUACAACGUCUUUCUGGAGGUUUAGGGCUGUGUUCAAAGCAUGAAGUGUCCGGAGCCUUCAAGAUUGUGUUGUCCCCUGCGCUGGCCGAUUCUUGCAUCAAGGCUUGUCUGAGAGCUGCCGCAAUGUUCGCUGUUCCUGGGGAUAGUGCCCUCAAGCAGAGCAAGUCCGCUAGAGCAGGUCUGCAACUUCCUGUGGGAAGAUUCCAUCGAUGGAUGGCAGACGCACGUCUGGGUAGAUUCGUCCAUGAGUAUGCUGCGGUAUAUCUGUGCGCAGGUUUGGAAAAUUUAUUGGAAGAAAUCUUCUCCCAGUGUCUACCAUCUGAUCCAAAUGCUACCUUAACCGCUAGUGGUCUCGAGCACGCCAUUGCUGGUUCUGGAGAUUUGUGGGGGCUGCUGCAGCCGUAUGCUCAUCUAAACGCAGGUCGUGUUGCUUCUGGAGCACUGACCAUGCCACGCUGGGCUAGUCAAUCAUCAAUCAACUCUAACACCCAAAGUCCCGCCUUAGAACCAUGCUUGCUGACGACUUGCGUGGGGAGUUUGAAUGAGCUGAAGGACUUAGUCCACCGUUCACAGCUGAGGAGCCAACACAUUACGAUGUCACAAUCCGCGCUCCGGGUACUGUUCUACUUCAUGCGUUGCUCACAGUUGGAACAUAACGAUAUCGGAGUUGCGACGAAUGGAGCCGCAACAAACAUACAGGAACUAUGCUACGAGCGGGCCUACGUUGUUCUACCUCCACUGAUCGAGUGGCUACGAGUUUCAUCCGCUCACGCAGAAUAUCGACACGCGCUGCUGAUCGACAAAGAUGACAUUAUGCAGGCAGCCCGAUUGCUGUUACCCGGUGUGGACUGUCCCCCGCGGUUGGUUAUUUCGGAAGAAGAGUUACCUUCGAAGAAACUUACCCUUUCCAGCCAAAGUAUCGCCUCAUCGAAUCAUUCCGGUCAAACCCAACCACUACACGGAUCACUGUCAUCCAAUUCGUCUACCUCCACCAGCAGUAGUACUAUUGAGGACUCGAGCGAAUGCGGACGCCGAGCAACUUAUGCACUUGCGUUUCGUUUGAUGCUAACCGGUCGGCCAGAGCUUCUCAUUCAAGCUCUCUCACUAAUCCCACCCACGACCCGGUACGACACUUUGAAUCAUCAAGGUAUGACUGCUCUUAUGAUCGCUUCGCUUCGUAAUGAUGAGGCAGCUGUUCAGACGCUGCUUGAUGCUGGUGCCGAUCCGAACAUAGAGGUUCCAAUCGUAGGACAUCCGAACUGUCCGGCAAUUCAUCCGGAGACACAACACUGGACGGCGAUCACUUUCGCAGCCUGCAAGGGGAACUACCACGCGAUGCGGAUACUAUUGGAACGAGGUGCUCAUGUGGAAGGAGGCGCUCGCUUAAGUGAGGACAAAUGUACGCUGACUCCAUUACAAGUGGCCAGCGGUGGCGGAGUUGUGGAGGUCGUUUCGCUGCUACUAGCCCAUGGUGCGCACGCAUUUCUAUCAACCCAGCUGAAAGACUCGCUUUGCUUUUCCGGUAGUGCACAACGGGGUUGUUACAGUGCAAUUUCGGUAGCCGCUGCGCACGGUCAGAGAGUUUCUCUCAGGAAACUGCUAUCCCAUCCACUUGCUCCUGGAAGUCGAGAAGUACUCUCUCUGGAAGAAAUGCUCGCCGAGGGAGACAGCACCAGUCGCAGUCAGCUUGAACGCCAACCGGAAGUUCCACCAACGCUGAACAAAACACAGAUCAAAAGUCUCCAAGAAGCUAUGUACCACAGUGCAGAAAAUAAUCAUCUAGAUAUUACCAUUGAGUUGCGCGCGCUCGGAGUUCCUUGGACGCUACACUGUUGGAUGCACGCAUUGGCAGCUGCACACGAACUGAGACUGGAUGCCGUCAUCGAUCAGUUGCUGCAGGAUUUCCUGCAGGUCUGUCCGGACGACUACAGUCAACAGUUCGUAACCGAGUGUCUGCCACUGUUGUUCAACAUUUUCCGCUACAGCAAGAAGGAAGGAACCACACUUCUGUUGGCAGAUAUUUUCAGCACCUGCUUCGGCUGGGAACCAAUCAAACAAAUCAAAGAACCAGUACUGCAGCCAUCGGCUGGAUCCCGAAUCGAUCCAAAGUUCGUAAACAAUCCUGAACUGAGCGAUGUAACGUUUAGAGUUGAGAAUCGCAUUUUCUACGGACACAAGAUUGUUUUGGUGACGGCCUCGCCGCGACUUCAAAGUAUGCUGAGUUCAAAGCUGAACGAAGGCACUGGAACGCCUACAGUGCAGAUCAAUGAUAUUCGCUACCAUAUAUUCGAGUUGGUGAUGCAAUUCUUGUAUAGUGGAGGAUGCAAUACACUGGAUGUAGCCGCUAAUGACGUUCUCGAGCUGAUGGCUGCAGCAAGCUUCUUCCAGCUGGAGGGGCUUCUUCGGUAUACCGAGGCACGUUGUGCCGAAAUGAUCGAUAUCGACAAUGUUGUCGCUAUGUAUAUUCACGCAAAGGUUUACAACGCGCAGAAGUUGCUAGAAUUUUGCCAAGGUUUCCUACUGCAGAACAUGGUAGCGCUGUUGACGUAUGACGAUUCCGUGAAACGACUACUGUUCGCCAAAAAGAUACCCAACCAUGAUGUACUGAAUGGGCUGCUGGCAACGCUGCAAACGCGUAUAAAGGCCAGGCGAAACGGUGCCAACACAUCGGCUCCCACAUGCGCCAACGCGAUCCGGCCUGCUUCCAGUAAUAGGGCAAAAUAAAUCGUAUAUGAUUUUUGUAUUUUUCACUUUAUAUUUUAUUUCUUGAGGGUUUGAAAUAUUAUUGUACAUGUACAACUUAUACAGUUGAAUAGCCAUUUAGGAGUACGUUGGACAAUAUUUAUAUAGAACGCAGUUAACUUGUACAUUUCUGUUAUAAAAUAACACGGAUUAGUAUUAGGGCUGAAGCUUACCUCUAGAGGAGCGUUUAACAGUUACUGUAUUUUAGAGACUUAUUUUAGAAACAUUUUGCCUGCCUAUAAACAAUUUUAUCUGUCCAGUCUAUCGUAAC